AGUGUGGUGUUAGUGUGCAGCCAGUCCUCAUGGAGUCCUCUCAGUCCUCUGCUCUGGAGUCUCUACGGUUCAACAACACCGCGCUGAGGAAGCUGCCGGUGGAUGAGUCUGAGCAGACCGGCUCCAGGACGGUCCCCGCGGCCUGUCUCUCCAGGAUCGGGUCUCUCCAGCCUCUCCUCCGGCCGUCCCUGGUGCUGCUGUCCGGGUCCGCUCUGUCCCUGCUGGGCCUCGGGGAGCAGGACGUCCUGACCGACCCUCUGGCUCCGGAGUAUCUGAGCGGCUCCAGGCUGCUGCCGGGCUCCCAGCCGGCCGCUCAUUGCUACUGCGGCCACCAGUUCGGGCUGUUCGCCGGGCAGCUGGGGGACGGAGCGGUGAUGUACCUGGGGGAGGUGGAGGCGGGCACCCAGGGGAGAUGGGAGAUGCAGGUGAAAGGUGCAGGAGUCACACCGUACUCCAGUGACAAGAUCCCUGGUUCGCGUCCUGGCUUUCCAGGAAUCUUUCUGCAUGGAGUUUGCAUGUUCUCCCUGUACAUGUACUCGUCUCCUGCUCAGUCUGGCUUGACUGGAAGUGACGGCAUUUAUCGUCACCAUAAAGAAGGUGUGGUGGUUUGGUCAAAAGGGGAGCUGCUGCUUGUGUUGUGGACUGUGACUGAGAUACAAGGUUCAUGCAGCAUGCAGAUCAAAAUGAGGAGUCUGGUUGGCUGUUGUGGGUUUGUUUUGGCUCUUCUCUUCAGCUGCACUGAACAGGCAGUGAAACAGGGGACAGGAGUUGUUCCUCAAGGAACAGACUGCACACAGAUUAAGUCUCUCCAACCACAAGCACGCAGUGGGGUUUACAUCAUCCAGCCUGGUACAAUCAAGUCCAAAUUCAAGGUGUACUGCGAGAUGCUUCCUGAUGGAGGCUGGACAGUGUUUCAGAGGCGCAGUGGACCGGCAGUUUCUUUUGUCAGAAAAUGGACAGACUAUAGAUAUGGUUUUGGAGCUCUGACAUAGGACCACUGGCUCGGCCUGAAGAAGGUUUUCUUUCUGACCAAGAACAAAUCCAAAAUGUGGACAAUGAGGGUGGAUCUGUGGGACCAUGAAGGUGGGACUGCUUUUGCUGAGUACAAGAACUUCCGACUGGGAAAUGAGAAAGCAGCUUUUAAACUGCAAGUUGGGAAAUACAGUGGAACCGCAGGUGACGCCAUCCGUGGUGUUUAUCAAGGUAUUGACCAGAAUGGCUACGGCUUCAGCACCACUGACCGUGACAACGAUGGGUGCUCCCCAUGCAUCUUUGGUGACAUUGCAGAAAAUGACUGUUCCUUUUCAGAAGGUGGUGGUGGUUGGUGGUACAGCAAGUGUGGCUCUGCCAACCUGAACGGCGACUACCACCCCACCGGUCAACACAUCGGUUGGGCUUCAGGCCUCCACUGGCGUACUUGGAGACGUCCUGCACCUUACUCUGCCAAGGCCACCAGAAUGAUGAUCAAGUCUGCAUAAGAGUAACCAACACUAGACAUCCUGUUUAUGUCUUGGUAUUUCUUGCAAAUAUGUUCCCAGACAUGUAAUUUAAAUCAGUGUCUGUCUGAAGCUGUCAUCAAGGCAAACAGUGGCAAGUCUGAGGAAGAUAAAAUAUGAAACAUA